CAAAACACCUGAUUUGCUCAGAAGGACAAGCACUGGAAAUUCCUGAGCAUCUGCAGGCAUGAGCAGCUUCUGCUCCAGGGAUUGAGUGUACAAAGAAGAAAGAGAACGAGGGAGAGGGAGAGAGAGGGAGACUUAAAAGACUGUCCCUCGUGGUCACUCUUGAACUUUCUCAGUACAUUAACUUAGCUGAAUGCUAGGUAAGUAUAGAAAGCAAUGAAGGGGAGGAGGAGCACAAUGGUGUUAUUGUUGGCCAGGGGUCUCCCACCAGCCCAUAUCCUCUUGGUUUCUCAACUCCCAGAGAGGUGCAAUUUAUCAACUGACUUGAUGAAUGGUCACGGAUUCAAUUGUGGGGUGGGGAGAGGCGCAGGAUCCUUCCCCACCCAGCUGCUGGGGUGACUGUCCUGUUGACGUCAGACAUUUUUACCUCAUCUCCUGGCACCAGGACGUUAUAUUUAUAACAGCACCAGGAGUAGUGGAACUGGAAUAGGCGUGUCCCUACUCCAUCAUCUCUGCUUUUUCCCUCAUUUGCUUUUAAAGCUGCCCUUAGAGUGUGAGAGAGCAAUUUUGCUGCUUGUCUCGCUCGGGGAGAGAAGAAUGAGCAGAGCUGAGAUUAUUUGCCAAGUGGGUGUGCGGCAGGAAUUUGUCUGGUUUGCCCUCUGAAGAAGACGCAUCUAGCCGUGGGAGCACAGAGCACACUCAAGGUCUUCCUUUAAGGCGGCAUCCACUUUAGGGCUGUCCUGAGGCACCAUGACCUCCCAACCAGUCUGUCAAGGCUUAGAUAGAGACUAUGACUUCCUCUGUGACACCAAGGACUAUUGGGGCGUUGUUGUGGAAUCCUUUGCUACCGCUGGUGCUGUCGUCACAGCCAUCCUGAUCGUUGUGCUCGUUUUCCUUGUAUGUAAAGUCCAAGACAACACAAAGCGAAGCCUGAUCCCUGUCCAGUUCCUCUUCCUUCUGGGCACUCUAGGAAUCUUUGGCCUCACUUUUGCCUUCAUUAUAAGGCUCAACGAGAGGACUGCCCCCACCCGCUUCUUUCUUUUCGGGGUCCUCUUCGCCCUCUGCUUCGCCUGCCUCCUGGCCCAUGCCUUCGACCUCAUCAAGCUGGUGAGAGGAAGACGCCCAUUUUCGGUACUGGCGCUGCUGGUUUUCGCCAUCAGCCUGACCAUUGUGCAGAUUAUUAUCGCCAUACAGUACGUAGCCAUCAACAGCCAAGAGCUGAGAGCCCUGAACUCCACGCAAGGUUUGACACAAAAAAGCCGCGUGGACUUCGUUCUGCUUCUCAUCUACGUGCUUUUCCUGAUAGCCCUCCUCUUUGUGGUCUCCACUUUUGUUUUCUGUGGGUCAUACAGAAGGUGGAAGAGGCAUGGCACACACACCUUCUUCACAGCCCUGUUCUCCAUAGGCAUCUGGGUGGCGUGGAUCAGUGUGUUCAUGACAGACUUUGGGAAAAGGCCAGAAUGGGACGAUCCCACUAUCAGCAUUGCUCUGGUAGCUAAUGGAUGGGUCUUCCUGAUGAUCUAUGCAGUGCCUGAGCUCUGUUUCCUCACCACGCCACGGAAGCCCGGAGACUACCCUCCGGAGAAUGAUGCCUGCCAGCCUAAAGUCCUGAAAAAAACCUACGGAGUAGAGAACCGAGCCUAUGCUCAGGAAGACAACGCACAAGUUCCAAAUGCAAACAGUGGUCCUUCAUAUCCUCCAUAUUCAACUCACUUCCAGCUGCAGAACCUUGAGCCCCAGCAGGAUUUCUCCAUCCCACGGCCGAAAACCCGAACCAGCCCAUACCAAGAGUAUUCUGGAGGGAAAGGUGUCAAGUAGCCGUCCUGCUACUAAUGCCAGAGAAGCCAUUCUGAGUCGGCGGAGGUGCUGGAAAUCAUCACGGAUAUAGCGGUGCUUCAGUUUUUAUUAAAUCAGGGACAGAACUCAGCGCUGCAGCGGAUGAAGGAAGAUGCCUGUCUUUUUCUCCUGCACACCUUUUAUAUCUGCCUUCAUACACUUGGCACUUUAUAAUGUUUUCUUUUACCAUGUUCCUUCCUUUAAUGAAUUGCUGUAGGCUUUUUUUGAGGUAGCCUCUCCCCUCGUGUGGCUACAAUCAUGCCACUCUUGCUACCUUGCUGCCCUGCCUUCUGCCACCCAAGUGCUGAGGGGGAAGGUCUGAAGCAUGGAGCUUUCUCUAUAGAGCUCUCGGUGUGGUUU